CACACACACACAACAGAGCGGGCGAGAAAAAGAGACCACCCCACCCAUGCAGCACAGUUUCCUCGCAGAGCUAUACAAACGCUAUGAGACUGCCACCUGCUGCACCAUAUCUGUCAUCGGCAGGGAGGAGGCCUCACUCGCGCCACCAGCAUCGUAACCCACCUGCAGGCACAAGCACCAAUCAUUAAUGGAUCACACGAGACAUGCACUGCACAUCCAUCCUCAUAUGAUUGAUUCACGCAUACGUACCUCCUUUGCUCUCUCCACGACGGGCGUCGUCAGGUAUUGCGACCGCUCGCCCACAAUGCGGGCGGCCAGCUGUCGCACACGCGACGAGAGGUCAUGCUCAUUCGUCUGUGUGCCUUGCUCCCUCUCUGUCUUCAUGACGCGACCGAGCUCCACCAAACACAGCCAGUAGUCGGCAUUCUGACACACACACACACAGAGCACAUGAUGAGCGCGCGUGAUGGGUGUCAUGUUGGCCCAUUUACCCUACCCAUAGGUGUGCGGCCUGGUCGGCGAGCAGUUCGUUGAGCUCCGCCUCGAACGCAUCGAGGGACGCCGACCGACGCUGACACACACACACACACAACCAGCAGCGUCCAUUCACCCCGUGUGCAUCCGUGUCUGUGUAGCGAGCCUACCAGUGCUGUCUUGCGUUUAGCCGUCAUGACAGCGGCGGCCCCAUCGCCCCUCUCCUUCCGCCCCCCGGCCGCUUUGGCGGAGUCACGCCGCGACUCGACCACCAUCGAGCGAUCACGGCCAACCUGCAUUUUGUAGUGGUUACACACACGCACAUGCAUCCAUGCUCGCUCACGCACACACCCGCACGCCCUCACGCACCUGCCAUUCGGUUUCCUGAUCUGAGUAGGUGGCGCCGACGAGUUCCCACAGGUAGGCGGGGACGGCGAAGUUCUUGGAGCGGACUUUUGAGGCGAUGGGCGAGACCUUGUCGCGCCAGACGGCCGCCAUGGCCUGCUGAUCACCGGCGCGCUCGUAGCACUCCAUUGCUGUGCCGUACACCUGCAUACAAUACACACAAGAAAGCAGCACAUGAUGCCCAUCCAUCCAUCCACCAUCCAUGUGUGUGUGUGUGUUGCCUUGAGAGAUGGGUAAGGCGACAUGAGCGGCUCGUUCUGCUCGUAGUCCUCAACCAGCCGAGCGGCCAUCUGCCUAUCUCUGAGCAGGGAGGCGAUUUCCAUGCACGUGGCGUAGCACACAUUAUCGGGGAGAGGCCCCUCCUCCCGCAUCGACGCCAAAUGGCCCAGCAACUCAUCCAACAGGCCGUGAUGGUGCUCCCCUCUCUCGGCCUGUGUCUGGUAGGCCCUGAACAGCUUCUGGUAGUCGUUGGUGCGGAUGGGGAUGGCGUAGAGGGACUUCUGUUCCCUCAGGUAGGUCAGGGCCUGUGUGGGGCUGCCCGCCUCGGCGCACGCCAGCAGCAGGAAGGUGAAGAUGCCCGACGAGGGAGAGAUGCCGUCACCUACUCACGCAGCCAUCCGUGUGUGUGUGUGUGUGUCUUAUCUCUCUCUCUCUCUGUCUCCGUCCGUCGUUGCGUACUUUUCAUCUGUGUGUAGAGCUGGUCCACUGUCUGCAGGUGUCCCGCGUCAGCUGCCACGCGCAUGGCGGAGGCGUAGGCUACCAGGUCAGGCGAGAUGCCCGCCGACCGGCACUCGUUCAGCAGCGCUACAGCACGUUCGGGGUCAUGCAGCUGUCACCAGCACACAAACACACACACGUGUGACACACACAAACGCCGCCUCUCUCUCUCUCUCUCUCUGUGGGAGGGCUUACGGUGCCCGCAGCCUGAAUGGCGAUGGUGUACGUGUUCAGGUUCACGGCCACCCCCCUCUCCUUGGCCUCAGCAAAGACGUCAAAAGCGCUCCCAGCCAUGCCGGCCUUGCUCAGCGCCGCCAUCAGGUAGUUGGUGCUCACACGUCCGGGGAAGAGGCCGAUCGACUGCAUCCGACUGUAGACGUCGAGGGCCUCCUGGCCCCUCCCAGGCUUGUGCAGCGCCUUGAACACCACUCCAUAGAUGGCGUCUGACGGCCGGGUGCGUUCCUCCCUGUCCAGCUCGUCGAGCAGCUGCAUUGCCCGCCGCCAGUGGCCCUUGUUGGCCAGGUGGUUGCCCACGGUCGUGUAGGUCUGCUCGUUGCGCGUGUGGACACCGCGGACACGCAUCUCGUUGAAGAUGAGCUCGGUCAGGCUGGCAGAUGAUGACGGGUGAUUCUCGUCGUCGAGGCGGCUUGUGUACUUGAGCAGUGUGUUGCACUGCUUGGUCGACAGCCGCUCGAACGCGCCACGGAUGGCCAGCAGCUCCAUCACGGCGAGGGUCGCCUCGUCCUUCGCCGGCCUGCCCGAAGUCGGCCGCCCGAAGAGCGUUUGCAUGAGUGCGUCAAGCCGCUGCUGCGUGAAGGUGGCGAAGACGUCCGCAUCAGCGAAGGCGAGCUCGAGGGAUGCCUGCGCCUUGUCCCUGUACUCCUGCACGCAGCCUGAGCUGGGCAGCGUGACGCCCCAGUCGCUGGCCUUAUUGAGCAGGAAAGGCACUCUGUCGAACUUGCCCCGGUAGAAGACACUCGCAAUGGCGGCCAGCAGCGAGAGAUAGAGGCUGGUCUUGUCGACUGCAUCGGUCGGGGGGCGGGGGGCCUUGUGGCUGCCUUUGCCACGUCUGUUUGUCUGGCGGUCGACACCGAGGUCUCUCUGCGUGGUUCUGGGCAGCUGCCUGAAGCCCUGUUUCUCGAGGAACCGGUUCAGCUGCCGCCAAUCGGCCAGCCGCCCGAUGUGCAGCACCAUGCUCACAAACUCCUGGGGCAGUGGCGAGGGCCGCUGGCCCGCAGAGCCGCCCUGCUGCUUCCGCACAUUGUCCAUGGCGAGCAGAAAAUCCUCCAGCUGCGAUGCGGACGUGUUGAGCCUCAGCAGCUCCACUAUCAUGGUCUUGUAGUCACGCUCUGCGAGGAGGAGGGACUGGUCAGCGAGUGUGGCGUUGGGCUGCCUUUGCAGGGCCGUGUUGAUGAUUCGCGUGGCUUGUGUGAGGUCCUGCGAUGCGGCCAGGGCCUUGAGGGUCUUCUGCUGGUAGCUGGUGUCCUUCGCCGGCGUGGCGACGGGGGGCUUUGGGAGCGCCUCGAUCAGGUUCUUGAAAAGGUUGUCCUGCUUAGUCUGCUUGGCAGCAAUGGCGGUUGCACCGUCUCCCUCACCACUCGCCUCUCUCGCCAGUCGGUAGAUCUCCUCUGCCUCCUGCCGCAGGCCCGUCAGGCGGGCCUUCUCUUUGUCGACGAUCUGUGGGCUGACUCUCUUCCUCUGCUUGGCCUCCCUGAUGCACUCGCCAACCCGUUUCUCCGCCAUAGCAAACACCGCCAUCACGUCCGCUUUGUCGGGGAGGGCCGCCAUCACUCUGCGAUAGGUCUGCAGGUCGACAGGGGUCUUCUCCUGGGCCGCGAACUCCAGGAGGUUCACGGCUCGCCGCCAGUUCUGGCCGUCGAUGCACGCCCGUGCGGCGAGUUCGAUGGUGGUGGGUGUGGGCUUCAGCCCCUUCAGGAUGAACUGGUCCAGCAGGCCGACGGCCUCGUCCCCCUUGCCGUUCUCGACAUACGCCUGUAUGGCCACGUCGAGCAUCUCCGCAGAGGGGCCCACCGCUGCAGUGCCGUUUUUGACGUCGCUCGCGAACGUGAUGGUCUCCGAAGAGUCCAGCAAGCCUUGCAUGGCGCUGAGAUCGCCGGUUUUCGCUGCUGCGCGCAUGGCGUGGGCGUAGAGGGUCUGCGUGGGGGUCACGCCGACGUGCUGCAUCACGCUGAGGACUUCCGACACGAACUGGGGCAGCCGGAGCCCCUCGCUCCUUACGCCCGCCUGCAGAGCCUCCAUGAAGUGAACGUGCUUGAAGGGCGUUUUGAGCGCCGAGAGCUCCCUUUUCCACUGGAGCAUGUCGUCGAGGACGUUGAGGGUGUCUGCGGCCAUGCCGUUCUGGCCCAGGCCACGCAGGAUGGUGAGGAAGGUCUCUGGCGUGAUGGCGACGUCGUUGGAGAGGUGGAGGUCUUGCAGGGAUCGGUAGAGGCCGAGCAUCUUCUUGCCUUGGUUGCGGCGGCCUAGGAGGUCGAUCACGGAGUUGUAGGCAGCCACGGGGGGGUACACGCCCAUCUGCACGAAGACACACACACGAUCUCUCUCUCUCUCUCUUUGUGUGUGCGUGUGUGUGUGUGAUAUAUACACGGACCUGUUGCAGCUGGUCGAGCUUGUCGAGGGCCUCUUUCCACUGGCCCGCCUUAGCGUAGGUCUCCACAAGAUACCCCUGACACACGGGGUCUGUCCUCAGCACAGCGGCAGCAUCACCGCCCUCCCUCCCCCCUAAGUCCAUCAGGGGCGGCAGGUCAUUCUCCAGCGCCUCGAUGAGCCGGUCAGGAGGCACCUCCGAACACCGGCUCAGCGCAAACAUGAUCGUCCUAGCCUCAGGAAGCGUCAUGAUUAGCCUGUCGCCUUCGACGGCCUCUGCUGCGGCCGCUUGCGCCUGGAGAGAGCGGAUCUCCGCCAGGCACCCGUCGACGGUAUCGAGAUGCCAUCCGGCCGGGCUCGCCAUGAACUUGAGCAGGCUCUGCUUGACCUGGUGCCGCUUGAUGGCGUCACGCAUGUGCCGGAAGCUCCUGAAGAUUUCGCUGUCCGUCUGGGGCUCGGUUGACUCGAUUCGCCACAUACUCGCCAUGAGCUGCCGAGUCCGCUUAUCGAACACGAGUGAGGGGGCGACUGCGGGGCGGUAGGUGAAGCACCGGUUGUAGAGCUGCUCGACGGCUGACUGCGCUCGCCGCUUGAGGGGCGCGACGUCAGAUGGCGAGGUGGCGUUGGCCUCUUGCAGGCGCCAGGAGUAGCCCCUCAGCACUUGCCACGUAAAGGACGCGUAGGCCUUGACGAACUCCUGGUCCUCUCUCCCCUUGUCUCCCUCUGUGCGUGCGCGUGUGUGCAUCAGCCCCUCCAGCUCGGCAAGGGCCGACCACACGGUGUCCUGGUCGUCAUGUCCAGCACCGAGCAGCGCCAUGAUGUUGGCAAUGAAGGCGUCAAGCUGCAGGCCCUCUCUCCUCAUCUCAGCGAUGACCGCCUUGGCGCCCGGAAGGUCCCCCUCUUUCGCAAUCACCGAGAGCAGCCGGUUGUAGUCGCGUGUGGUGGGGGAGAGCCCGGCCUCCUUCAUCUUGUCAAUGUUGCCACGCAGGUGUGCGGGCGUGACGCCCUCCGUCGCGUGCAGCCGCAUGCCGACCACGGAGAAGGCCCGCUGCCAGUAGGCCGCUCCCGCCGUCGCGACCCAGUGGGGGCCAGUCUGUUCGAGGUGCGCGUGCAUCUGCUGCUGAAGGGCGAGGACGUCGUCCAUCGACAGGGGGUUGGACAUGUUGGCGAGUUGGCCGACGAUCGCCGCGAGGUUCGGGUCUGCCUCGAGGACUUUGCCGUCGGGGAGCCGCAGGAAUGGCUCCUUGCUCUUGGCUGUCCGGCGCUUGACGGCGAUGGUCUCCUGCAGUGCGGAGGGGAGGGCCUCGAGCAUCAUGGCGCUCUCGUCCGUGUGCUCGUCAGCGAUGGUCUUGUAGAGCUCCCGGGCCACUUUGAGCUUCCUCGAGUUCACAAGGGCCUUCAUCGUCAGCUCCAGAAGCUUGACCAUGUCGGUCUGCGAGCAGUAAUCUCGCCGGAAGGCCAUGAAGAUGUUUUUGGCCUGCUCGCCCCGUCUAGACUCUCCACACAGCAUGAUGGCCACCUUGGUGAGCUCGCGGGCGCCCAUGACGUACUCGUCGUCGCCCUUGCUGCUGGUGUCUGCCAAAAGCCCCCGCUGCACGCGCACCUGAUCCAUCGCCUCUUCAUAUAAGUCGAGGGCCUGACUGACGGCAGUCUUGUUGUGCGCGCAAGCCCACAUGCCGGCGAGGUAGUCGUUGACCGACAGCCCGGUCAGCCGGCUCUCCUCUCCCUUCUCCUCCGUAGGCGUCACGCGAAGCUUAUCUAGCAGUGGAAGGGCAACAUCAGCCCUUCUCGCGUAAGAGGCCGUCCUGAGCAGAGCGCGGUCAAGGCGGCGCUUCACGGCUGGCGUGAAGGGCACCUUCUCGUGCUGCGGCACGGCCAGCGCGAAGACCUGCUCGAACAGCCGGGCUUUCUGGCAAAGGCCGAUGAUGUCGAACAUCUCCACAGGGGUGAGCCGCGGCUGCAUCGUCAAUAAAGAGUCGACAGCCGUUUGGAGGAGGGGGGUGGGCGAUGAGAGUGCGCCGAGGCGUAGAAGUGAGACGAGUGUGGCCUUGUCGAGGUGGGGGACGGCUGACGAGAGGAAAGUGGCGGCAUCGUCCUCUCGGUUCAGAGCCUUGUACGCCUUCGUCGCAGCCCUGAUUCGUUGCAGAGAGUUGCAUCACAGCACGUGUGAGAGAGAGAGUGAGUGGCUUGCUUACGUGAUGGUGCGUGACGUAUGAGGGAUCCCCUUCUCCCCCAUCUCAUCCACCAGGGCAAUGACCCUCUGGUGGUCGCCCCUCUCCUCACACACCCGCACAGCCGCCCGGUGCAGCCCAGGACUCGCCACACCCAUUCCCCUGGCCUCCUCUAUCAGCUCCACUGCAUCCCCCGGCCACUUGUCCACCAGAGACGUCACGAGCAUCGUGUAAUCCCUCGUCUGAAACUUGAGGUUUCUGUGCCCCCGCUGGCCCUCCCGGAAUAGCGCGAGAGCCCCCUGUGGGUCGCCGGCUUUGCAGUAGAUCUGACACAUGCGGCUGUAGGCCUCGUGAAGCGACUCAGACGACUGCUCCUGCUCCUCGUCGGCCAGUCUGUCGCCGACUGUGCGCGCGAUGUCGAAGAGGGAGAGGGCGGUGUGGAGCCUGUCGAGGGCGUCGUGUGGCUGCUUGGGCGUGAUGCUCUUCUGCAGCUCGCCGAGGAACAUGAAGACGUGAUACAUGACGUCCCCGUCCGUCAGGGGGUACAGCUGCAGCAGCCUUGGUACCAGAGAGAGCGACUCGUGGGAAUCGAUCCACUGCAGCAGCCGCAGCAGCUUGCGCCACUCCUCCCGGUUCAGGCAUGACGUCGCCCCGCUCCUCUCGCACUCGCCAGCCACAUCGGUCGCCAGCUCGCAAACCUGUCCCGCAUUCGCCUGCAAACCUUUGGCCUUUUUCCUCUCGAACCGUUCUUCCCCAACAAUCUCUUGCACCAACGACGCCAGGCGAGACCUCAGCUCAUUUGUCGCCGCUUUUGACGGUUUUGCCGUUUGUUUUGCAGGCUUUGGUUUGGCCUUCUUUGGCUGGUCCGCGGCCGAGAGCAGCCUGCCGAUGAGCGUGCCGAACGAGUAGUACUUGGCUUCGUCAUAGAAGGCCGUCAGCUCGGCCAUGCUGUCGGCCAGCGAGCCAUGGUCGUCCGCAGUGGCGGUGGGUGUGGCUGUGCCGCCCUCGAUGCGGCUGAGGAGGGAUGAGAGGGUGGCGGGUAUGAGAGAGCGGACGUCGGCCGCGGCGUCGAGCUCUGUGGGCGCUAGCGCCGCACCUCGCUUCAGCAACCUGGACGCGCACAUGGCACAUGAGAGUGGUGUGGGUGGAUGUGUGUGGUGGGUGGCUCACACACAUUGGGAGAGGCUUCAGCGCCUCUGCGAUCGUUUUGAGGGCCUCGGCUGCAUGCGAUGCCUCGCGGGCCUUCGAUGUGCCCUCACGCAGUAGAGACUCUGAAUGAGGAUUGGUGAAACGACACACACAAACAAAGACACACACACAUAUGCAGUGUCUGUGUCUGUGUCUGUGUCUGUGUCUGUGUCAGGUUUGACCACACCGCACCCAUAAUGAGCUGCUCUUGCUCCGUCAGCUCGUUCAUCCUGAGCCACCGAAGCGGGAUCUUCAUUGGCAAACCUGCACACACACACGCACCCACAGAGGGAUACAGCCACCCCGAGGCACACAGCCAUCCAUCCACCCACCAGUGAGCACGCCCCUCAGCGCCGAUUGCAGGAAGCUCAGGUCCACCCCCUCUCGUCUGCCAGACACCAUCGCCGCAUUCCCCCCUCCCUCCCCGCUCUCAUCGCCCUCGUCUGCCCUCGUGAACCCCAGCUGUAUCCGCCGCACCGACACGUUCGGCUGCUCAUCCAGAUCCACGUCGACAGGGGUCAGCACAUCUGCCAUCGAGGAUGCCGUCGACUGCAAGUGCCGCAU